UAUUCUGUCGGGGCAGACGUGUAGCAACAUUUCAAGCUUCAAGAAAGAACUGGCAUAAACGGUUCAGUGGAGGACAAUGGAGUUCUGCAAAGAUACCUCUAUGGAAAUGAAUGAUGGGUACAGAAUUCCAGUGGUCGGAUUUGGUACCUACGCCCCUGAUACAGUUCCAAAAAGUAAGUGUGAGGAGGCUGUAAAGGUGGCUAUUGAAGUUGGCUACCGCUAUAUAGAUGGAGCCUAUUUAUAUGAGAAUGAGGAGGAGGUUGGGCGAGCCAUUCGAGAGAAGAUUGCAGAUGGAACAGUCAAAAGAGAGGACAUAUUUUACACAGGAAAGGCCAUGGAGGCAUGUAAAGAUGCAGGCUUGGUGAAGUCCAUUGGAGUGUCCAACUUCAACCGCAGACAGCUGGAGAUGAUCUUGAACAAACCUGGACUCAAGUACAAACCUGUCUGUAACCAGGUUGAAUGUCAUCCUUACCUCAACCAAAGGAAAUUGCUGGAGUUCUGCAAAUCCAAAAAUAUUGUCCUGGUGGCUUUUAGUGCCUUGGGAUCUCACAGAGAUGAGCGAUGGGUGGAUCAAAGCACUCCGCUUCUGCUGGAGGAUCCAAUACUGAACGCUCUGGCCAAAAAAUACAACCGAAGCCCAGCUCUAGUAGCCCUGCGCUACCAGCUGCAGCGUGGUGUGGUGGUCCUUGCCAAGAGCUUCACCAGAGAGCAUAUUGAAGACAACUUCAAGGUGUUUGACUUCCAGUUGACAGAAGAGGACAUGAAAGCUAUUGAUAGCCUGAACCAAAACCUUCGCUAUGACCCAUAUCAAGGAUGUUUGGACCAUCCUGAGUAUCCAUUUGCUGAUGACUAUUAAAGAGGAUUCAUUUGCAAUUCCUAUGUUGUUAGCAAAUAGUAAUAAUGCUCUAUACCUAGGGCCAAUUCUAGAGGAAAAAUACCAUUUAUAACACCGUUUCCAUCAACUUCUCUACUGUGUAAUUUAACCUAAAC